CGCACAGGACAAAAAUGUAGUACUCAAAGAAUUCUUAAGAUGGUUUCGUGUAAGGUACCCGCUCAUGAAAAUCGUUCAUCUCUACAUGGGAAAACAGAUGUUACACGAUGGUUUGAAAGAUGCUUUUGUCUUGGUCAUUGAUGAAGUUAACAUUAUUGAUGAAAGAGAAUUCGAAUAUUUUGGAGAAAGUUUUGCCAUUAACUGCAAACUAUGGAAGAAUACCUCUCCUGAAUGCAUGUCUGUUUCCAAGUUUGAACAUGACCAUCAACAUAAAAUAAACAAUGCUGAUUUAUCAAAAAUAGAACAGUGUUUGAGAACGAAUUCGCGUUCCCUUUUCGAGGAGCACUCAAACCUAGAAAUAAUAAGUGGCUCGGCAAAUAAUUCAAAGAAGAAUGGAGAAAACAUUUCUUUUGAACCUAGUAUUGUACUGUAUUGCUCAUGUAAAGGAGUUGUACCGUAUGAGGAAAAGGAAUUUCCUAAAGAAAUUGAUGGAAUAAAAACAGACGUGAGAGAAGGCUUCUUUUACUUAUUUCCGAACGACGAAUAUUUUAAAAGAGCGUCUGAGGUGCUUAAUCCAUUAAUGAUGGGAGCAAGCAUAGGGAGGAAAGAUGAAAACAAAAUGGGAACUCUUGGUGGUUUCGUCACUUCAGGAACAGGGGAAAUAGGAUUUAUUACCUGUGCCCAUGUUUUUCAUGAUUUUUCCACAAGCAAUCUGCCACCGAUAAUACCCUUUGAAGUCGUACAACCGUCUUACGCUUACAGAAAUACAAAUGAAGUUUGUGGUGAACAUGUAAAAUCCAUAUUUCAAAAUUAUCAAGAAGUUACAGUAGAUGCAUCCCUUGUAAAACUGAAGGACCGUGUUCCCCAGCGUGGACUUUUUUCAGAAUUGACGGUUAAUGACUUAUUGGAAACUGGGUUCAGAAAAGAAAGAACUCCAGAAUACUCAACAGGAGCAACACGUGAUUAUCUCAAACCGCAAAGUAAACGCACAAACAGUUGUAUUAAAAUUGGGGCAAGAAGUGGACUAACAAAAGGUACCUUGAAGUUGAGUGGAAUGGCUGCCAGAUGUCGAGGUGUAGAUCUGCAUCUAACAAAUCCACCAACAGGGAGACCGUGUGACUAUCUCUCACAACUCGAAAUUAUGGGGACGCCAUUACAGCAGUUUGCCGCUGCCGGAGAUUCGGGAGCUCUUGUUUUUCAAAUAGAUCCUCCAAACAGUGAAGAGGAAGACGAUCAUCUGUAUUGCAUUGGAAUGGUAGUUGGUGGAACUUCUUUUCAUUCAACUGUUGUUACUCCAAUCGAACCUAUUCUUAGAUUGUUAAAUGUGAACAUGAAGGUUUUUCACCAAGAAUUAAUGGACCUUUGAAAUUGUUGCAUACACAUGUAGGAAACGUUUUACUAC